UUGGUGAAUGUUUGAUAGUUGACCGUCACCGAUGUUGUAAACAGUUUUUAGGGAUAAAACGAUAGUUUUAUGAUGUCGUGGCUGUUUGGCAUGAACAAGGGCCAGCCGGGGGCAGGUGACAUACCCGGGUUACCGCUUCCUCCUCCCCCACCCUCGGGGGGAGAUGAUGGGAAAGGAGGUGGGGAUGCGAAAAUCGGAGACAAAUCGGGCUACAGAUUCGAUUCAGCCGCCCUCGAAAGAGCUGCACAGGCCGCUAAAGAGUUGGAGAGUUCUAAACACGCGAAAGACGCACUGGAAUUAACUAAACUGCAGGAGCAGUCAAAACAGUUGGAAUUCCAAGGCAAAAUAAAGGAAUAUGAAGCUCAUAUGGAACAGCUCAAGGUGGAGCAAGUCCGUGCUGCCCAGGAAGAGAAGAGAAAAACACUGGCAGAGGAAACUAAACAACAUCAGCAGAGGGCGCAGUAUCAAGAUCAGUUGGCACGGAAACGAUAUGAUGACCAGCUCAUACAGCAGGCUAGGAUGCAGGAAGAACAGCUCAGAAAACAGGAGGAAUCUGUCGCCAAACAAGAACAGAUGCGCAAAUCCACAAUGGAAUAUGAAGCAGACUUGAAGCAUAAGAAUAAGAUGAAGCGAAUUGAAGCCGAGUUACGAGGGAAGGCUCAGGUGGAUCGUGAGAACCAGGACCUAAUCCGAGAACAAAUCCGCCUCAAGGCCGCGGAACAUCGACAAACAAUCCUGGAGUCCAUUAAGACAGCAGGCUCAGUGCUUGGCUCCGGCUUUCAGACCUUCAUUUCAGACUGGGACAAAGUCACUGCAACUGCAGGAGGUUUGACUCUACUGGCUAUUGGUGUAUACGCAGCCAAGUACGGGACAGGGGUCGGGGCAAGGUACAUCGAGGCACGCCUGGGUAAACCUUCCCUUGUCAGGGACACUUCAAGGUUAACUGUCCUUGAAGCUGUCAAACACCCAAUCAAGACAGCGAAACGGUUGUCAAGCCAACCUCAAGAUGCCUUGUCUGGAAUCAUCUUAAAGCCAGAGCUGGAAGAGAGGCUGCGAGAUAUCGCCAUAGCAACCAGGCACACCAAAAAGAAUAAGGGUUACUACAGAAAUAUUUUAAUGUAUGGCCCUCCAGGAACUGGUAAAACCAUGUUUGCAAAGAGUCUUGCGCAGCAUUCAGGAAUGGAUUAUGCCAUUAUGACAGGUGGGGACGUGGCCCCUAUGGGCAGGGAAGGGGUAACAGCCAUGCACAAGGUCUUUGAUUGGGCACAGGCUAGCAGGAGAGGAGUACUGUUAUUUGUGGAUGAAGCAGAUGCAUUCCUGAGAAAGCGAAGCACGGAGGUGAUCAGUGAGGAUAUGAGAGCCACAUUAAACGCUUUCCUCUACAGAACUGGGGAACAGUCCAAUAAGUUUAUGUUAGUACUAGCCAGUAAUCAACCAGAGCAGUUUGAUUGGGCGAUCAACGAUCGUCUGGAUGAAAUGGUGGAGUUUUCAACCCCAGAUUUAUCAGAGCGUGAGCGAAUGGUUCGUCUGUACUUCGAUAAGUAUGUCUUGAAACCUGCCACAGAGGGCAAGAGACGGCUGAAGAUUGCACAGUUUGACUAUGGUGCCAAGUGUAGGGAAAUAGCUGCCCGUCUAGAGGGUCUCUCUGGGAGAGAGAUCGCAAAGUUAGCCGUUGCCUGGCAGGCUUCUGCAUAUGCGUCUGAGGAUGGAAUCUUGACUGAAGAGAUGAUCGAUGAGAAAGUGUCUGACGCCGUCAAACAACACUCCAAGAAAGUCCGCUGGCAGCAGGAGCAAGAUGUGAGAUUGCUGGGCAACCUGAAGGACUUCAAGACUGCCAAAGACGCUUCCACGUUCACGCCUCCUAACUCAAUAGCCAGUUGAUGAUCAGUGCUUUGUUAGGUUUAGCUUCAGUAAUAAUUUGUUUUAACACCAGGCAAGGAUACGAGGUUUGGUUCUGGUGUUUUGAGACAUAAAGUGCCAUAGUUUGUCAGAGUGAUUGCAGAAUAUUGAAGGCACAAGAAAGUGGUUGAUUUUGCUGCCCAUUGGUCACCUGUUUUAGGGAGAGGUAGCAAAAGUUAAGCUGUAAUUUUUGCCCCGGAAGGUCAUUCAUUUUGCCUAUGUAGGGAUAUGUCUGAUACCUCACUGUCAGAGGAUUCAAAGAAAAUGGCAUAUGUGUUUAUCAUUAAGGACUGUGCUUAAAUGAGAAUAACAGUUGACAGCAUCAUCCGACUUUUUUUGGACAGUGGACAGCAGACUAGAUGACGACAGGCAUUCAGGGAGAAGAAUCCACUGCUUAUUGCAUUUUCUUGUGUAUAAUAUAUCAUUUUACAGACAUUUAAGUUAAGCAUGAUACUGCCAUUUGCAGUGGUACUAGGUACAUAGUCUGAAGUUGUUUAGAAUUAUAUGUACAUGUAGGUAUAAUACAAAAGGUUAAGUGAGAGGAGGCUGUGUGGCACAUUAUUCAGCACUGUACUGGUAGCCACUUUCGGGAUUCAGUUGUAUGUACAUUUACAGAGACCUUGAUAUCUGUACAGUGAAAUUAGAAUGGUUAAGUUACUACUGGUAAUGCCCAAAAGAUGGGGUCUGUUUUCAUAUUAAUAUUUAAUAUGUAAAAUGUAUGGAAGUAAUUCGCUUCCAUUACGUGUGUGGUUAUUCACGAUAAACCCCGGCUGAACUGGUUGUGUGGACAAGAUGUUACUUGCAACAAGUAGUGGAUUUGUCCCAUCGUGCUACACCACACGAAUCAGUUUCGAUCAACAGUUGCAGGCAUGUGUUGUUAAAUUAUUCCAUUUGCAGUGUUCUAAACUGCAGCUUGUGAAAAAUUCUCUCCAUUAAUGCAUAUAUAAUUGGUCAGGCAGUGUGAUAUGGACAAGUUCUGUAUGUAGUUUGAUUUGUGGAUAUCUAAUACAUCGUCAUCUUUUCAGUAUUCAUCAAUUUUUUACUAUUUUUUAUCGUGGUUUAAUGCUGUACUCAAGAAUAUUUCACCUUUAUGACAGCAGUCAGGUUUAUGAGUGAGAUAAUACUGGGCAGAGCCUUGAGAAACUACAGCCCUUAUUUGCUACAGUACAUGCAUAUGUACCCUGAGCUGUAGUCGCUGAAUUUGACAGCGCAACCUCCUUGGUCAGUGAGCUACAGCGAGAACUGUGAACUGACCUGUGACCUUUACAUAGAUUAAGUUGUCGGGUGCAGUUUGACCAGUUUCGUAAUUUGGCAGUGUGUCAUAGUGUUAAUGGCUCAGUAACAAAGCUGAAAUUCGGUUACAAUUCUCAGUUUUGUACAGCUGGAAUCCAUUAAAUAUUCCAGUGUGUGUUCUGUUACAUGAGUGAAUGUUUGUUAUUGAUACCGCUGCUAUCAGGCAAUUGUGGAGAGUGUCACAUUCUGUUAAAGGCCUAUGCCACUUACACAAGCAGUGAUAGAUGUGAGUGGUACCAUGUAAGAUGUGUGCAGUGUGGAGAGUCUUGCAUUAAGCAGUAGUCAAAUAAAACUGAUUGUUUGGAUGCCAUGGGUUUUAAUGUUUCACAAUAGCGAGUUAAUGUACACAGAUACAUGUAUGUGUAACUACACAUACAGGCAAAUUUAUAACUCUUUCUGGAGCAAUUAUGAGUGAGAAAGAAAUUAUAUAUACAGAUAAAAUAAAGAAAGAGU